AUGGUGACACUUGCUCUUUUUCUGCAGAUCGAGUCCUGGGAAGAGGACACAGUCUGCCCUGUCCAGGACCCUGUGCUCAGCUCAGACGCCAUGUACGUGGUGGUGCCGCUGCUGGGGGUGGGGCUGCUGAUUGUUGUCGCCCUGUUCAUCAUCUGGCGGUGUCAGCUGCAGAAGGCCGCCCAUCACCACCCCUCCUACACACAGAACCGGUACCUUGCCAGUCGUGCUGGGCACAACCUCCCUCGGGUCAUGGUGUACCGUGGCACUACGCAUGGCCCGGCAGAGUCCCUUGGGCACCGGGGAGCAAGGAGCUACCCGCAGGUGGUGGUGGGGCCCGGUCAUGGAAGCAGGGCCACGGUCAGGCUCCCGAGCACCCUCUACCUCCCCGAGCUCCCCCUCUGCAGACUCGGCAGUGCCACCCCUCCCCCAUCCUAUGAGGAGGCGACUGCUUCCCGGGAGGAGGCUGGUGUCACUUACAGUGACCCGCCCCCAAAGUAUGAGGAGAUAGUGGAGGUCAACCCCGCCUCAGACAAGUAG